AUGUCGGGGCCGGCUGUGAUGGCCCUGUGUGGCCUUUUGGUCCUCUAUGUGCUCAGGACAAUCACCACGUAUACGAGAUUGCGCCAGUUCCGGGGCCCCACGUGGACCGGGAUUUCGAACUGGCCCCAUAGCAUAGCGAUGCUGCGCGGUAACUGCCACGAGUGGUACGCGGAGGUCAACCAGAAAUAUGGUCCCAUCGCCCGUGUCGCACCUCGGGUGCUGAUCACGUCUUCUCCGGAAGUUUGGAUGCAUGUAAACAACAAGCCCGGCUAUAAGCGAUCCGACUGGUAUUACAAAGCCACGCGGAUUGAGUACCGAAGAGACAAUGUCUUCAGCCAGACGGACAAUGUAAAGCAUGAGCAGCGCAGAAAGCAAAUGGCUCCAGGGUACUCCGGAAGGGAGAACCUCCACCUGGAGGAAUCCGUGAAUGAGCGACUCGAGGACUUUUUGCAUCUCAUCCGGUCAAAAUAUGUCUCGUCCGACCGUGAGAUCAUACCUAUGGACCUAGCGACAAAGGUGCAGUAUUUCACGCUUGAUGUCAUUAGCAGCGUGGGCCUCGGCAAAGCAUUCGGUAUGCUAGAAAGCGAUCAAGAUGUGGACAACUACCUCCAAUCGAGCGAGGAGGGGCUGACUAUCGGUCACAACGCCCUCGCUCUGGGUUUCAGCUGGCUCGCUCAAGCACCCUUCAUCGGCAGGUUCAUUGCACCCUCACCCAAGGACAACAACGGUUUCGGCAAAAUGAUGGCCGCGUGCUUCCGCCUCGUAGACGAGCGCGCUGCAAGCUCGACUGAUAAACGAUCGGAUAUGCUAGCCUCAUUCAUGCGCCACGGCCUGGCAGGAGAUGAGCUGCGCACGGAGGCGCUGGAGCAAAUCAUUGCGGGUUCUGAUACCACCGCUGGCGCCAUUCGUUGUAUCCUUCUGCAUAUCAUGACGAAUCCCCGCGUGUACGUCAAAUUGCAGCGCGAGGUCGAUGAUGCCGUACGAGAUGGACUUGCGCCGGGACCAGGCAAAGGCUUCAUCGCUGCCACCCAGGCCAAACAACUUGAUUAUCUUCAGGCUGUGAUUCGCGAGGCUCUGCGAGUCUGGCCGCCCGUUGCGAACAUCUUCUCGCGUGAUGUUCCGCCCGGUGGUGAUACCGUCCUCAUCGACGGCGAGAGCGUGUUCCUUCCGGGAGGUGUAUGUAUCGGAUAUUCGGCAUAUGGCAUGCACCUUAGUGAGAAGACAUAUGGCAAGGACGCAAAGGCUUUCCGGCCUGAGCGCUGGCUCGAGUCUGACCCCGCCAAGUUGGCUGAGAUGGUUCGAACCAACGAGCUCACAUUCGGUCACGGAAAGUUCCAGUGUUUGGGCAAGCCGGUGGCUCAAAUCGAGAUCGGAAAGACUGUUUUCGAGCUCUUGCGCAACUUUGACCUGUCAAUUAUCAACCCAACGCGCCCCUGGGAGACGCGAAAUGUUCUUGGUCUUUUCGCGAUCUCUGAUAUGUGGGUUCAAGUAACAGAGCGAACUCCACGUUCGGCGUGA